AUGCCCUUCCCGCCUCUCGUCCUGACCCGAGAUCUCCUGAGGCACUUCCGCAAAGUCCCCGCGCACCAGACCGCCCUCUUGAGCGUCGCAAACGCCUUCCUCGCGCUCCUCACUUGGACGGACAAUCCUGCUUCGGCAGCAGUGCGGUCGAUCUUCCUCCCUGCGCUCACAGCCUCCGACGCCCGACCUACGUCCGCAUCCUCAGCAGCACUAGACACGCACCUCCUCACCCUCUUCUCAACCGAAACGCCUCAACUGGUCCUUCUGCAGACUGUGCCGACUAUCGAGCAACUUGAGGCGGCGUGGAGGGAGGGCCAGAUGGUAGGCAGGGUGUUUGUUGGAGCGGCGUUGAAUGCCGAGUUGGAGAGGGCGAGGGAGGAGGAUGCGAGGGACGAGGUGGCGAAUUUGUCGAUCAUGGUCAUCGCUACGCUGGCGUACGAGCUCGCGCACUGGAUCUACGUCAAGACUCACGGCUACACCCCACCGGACUAUUUCUCCGACACCUCUUCCCUUCGUACAACACACACGACGCACUCCAUCUCCGUCUCCUCGAUCCACUCCUCCGGGUCCGGCAGCGGGACGCUCCUCGUCCCACACCGCAACAAAGACGAUGUCGGCACGCGCGCUGUCCUAGCGUUGUUGGGCUACGACCUCGAGCUCCUCACCUACGCGAUUGGGGACCGCCAGCUCAUCAAACGGAGGUACCCGACUCGUCGUUCGCCGGUCCUUACGCCGCCUAUCUUGUUCGCCCUGAUUGGGGACACAGCGGGCGGGAUCCUCGAUUGUACGAGUAUGCCGCCGACGGUCAGCGGGAUGGUACCCCCUCACAAAGGGGGAGACUCGAUGUACGCUGUUACGAGCGUCCUCACGCCUGCUGGGUUGGCCAGGGUGCAUGGGAGUUGUGUAGUCCAUGGCGGAGCGGGCGAUGCGGGAAGCGUCAAGGUUAGUCUGGAGGGGGGGAGGGAGGAGGGGGAGAAGGUGUUCGCUUGA